AUUUUACUAAAAAAUCAACCGAAACAUCCAAAAGCCCGUAAAUCAUCCAAGAAGCCCACAAUUAUGAGGGCCAUAUUAGCCCGUUUACGGAGACAAGGAUAAUUAGACCUUGUUUUUGACAAAGCCUCUGCUCCCUCUGUUCCCUAGUCUCAUCGCCAGUUUGCUGCCCCCCUUAUUCGUCUUCACCUCCUCUUCUUAAACCCUCUUUUUUCUUUGUAUCUCCCUCUCUCUCCUCAAUUCUUCAACAAAAAUGUCUGCUUUAGCCAAACCCAUGUCCCUGGCAGACUCAUCUUACCUUGUUUCUAUCCCUUCCCUCUUCACCACUUCUUCCAAAGCUCCAUCUCUCCUCUCACUCCCUCCAAAACCCAUCAAGCUUUUCCUCUCAUGUUCCCUUUCUCCAACCUUUUCAACGCUCAGAACAAAAACCCAUUUCCAUUCUCUAGUUCACUUUGUGGCCCAGGCUUCAGGUUGGGCUCAACAAGAGGAAGAAAAUGACACCACCAUAACCAUUGAUGGACAAGAGCAACAAGUCCAAGAUGAAAUUGAAAGUGAAGAAGGGGAAUCAAUAUGGGAAAAUGAGGACAGUGAAGGGGCUGAAGCAAGGUUGUCUGAUUGGGAACCUGAAGGUGAUGGUGCAGUUUUCCAAGGAGAGGGUGGUGAUUCAGAAGAAAAGGACUCUCCUCCUGAACCUCCUGGGGAAGCUAAAUUGUUCGUUGGGAAUUUGCCUUAUGAUGUUGAUAGUGAAAGUUUGGCUAUGCUCUUUCAGAAAGCUGGAACUGUGGAAAUUGCUGAGGUUAUUUACAAUAGGGAAACUGAGCAAAGUCGUGGCUUUGGGUUCGUAACCAUGAGCACCAUUGAGGAAGCUGAGAAGGCUACUGAACUAUUCAAUCGUUAUGAUUUGAAUGGAAGGCUCUUGACUGUUAACAGGGCUGCUCCUAGAGGAUCACGUUUCAACCGACCUCCUCGUGUGUAUGCACCUGCUUUUAGAAUCUUUGUGAAUAACCUUCCAUGGAAUGUGGAUAAUGCUCGACUGGAGCAAGUCUUUAGUGAACAUGGUAAAGUAGUGGAAGCUUAUGUAGUCUAUGAUAGGGAGACAGGCCGCUCACGUGGUUUUGGUUUUGUGACCAUGUCCUCAGAGACUGAAUUGAAUGAUGCCAUUGCUGCUCUCGACGGACAGAAUCUGGAUGGAAGAGCAAUGAGACUAAAUGUUGCAGAGGAAAGGCCAAGGCGAAGUUCCUUUUGAUCUGAGAUGAUUUAGAUUCAUGAUCUGCUGCUGUUAGCUUUUCUUUUCUUUUCUUUUUUACUCCUUUUCUCGAGGUUAAAUUUAUAGUUUCGAAUUUUUGCACAAUAUUUGCAUGCAAUAUUUUUAUCUAGGGUUAUGAAGCCAUCAUUUUAAUUAGCUUGUUUCGAAGGUUUCAUUUGGUUAUAAGUUAAUGGCUCAAAUUUAU